AUGAAAAGCUUCUACGAUAUUAUCGAAAUUCCGGUGAACGCCGCAUUCGAGGACGUCAAAAAAGCGUAUUUUCGAUUUCUGAGACAAGUAUUUUUUGGGUUUGGCCUAAAAAUUACGUAAGAAACGUUUUUAGGAGCAUCCGGAUAAAAAUCCCGAAAAGCGAGACACAAAUACCGAACUUUUGAACACGGUCGGUCAAAUUUGGGAGCAAUUCAAGGUAAAAUGGGCGGGAUAUUUGAAAAAGCGAAACAAUCUUCCAGGACAAUCGGCCGAUUUACGACAGUUGGCUCCGUGAGCAAAAGUUGCGCGAGACGCAGGGAACGAUCGGCGAGACGGUCGAAUUGGAGUACGGAGAGAACGAAAUCGACGAGGUGUGUCGGUGCGGCGCCGAGUUUUCGCUGACCCCAGAAGAGGUAAUCACUUUUUAGCUUUGGCGCGCUUAAAAUAGCUCGAUUUUUACAGUUUUUUUUCCACACAAUUUUGCAGGUGGAUCAGAUAAUCGACGUGGGAAUCUUCGAGUGCAGUUCGUGCUCCCUGUGCCUGGAAGUCCGUCGUCCGGCACACUAGAAUGUCCUCGCUGGACGAUACGAGCACAAAGAUCCUGGUGCUCGGCGACUCGUGCGUCGGAAAGACCUCGCUGUGCCACUGCGUCGCCGGUGAGCCCGCCCGAACGUUCGACUCAACCAUCGGCGCCACCGUCAUCAUGGCGUGGCACGAGUACCGCGCCGGCACGCCCGAACAACGCGCCGAACUCAUCGAAUUGUGGGACGUCGGCGGCAUGGUCGCCCAUCGGCAGGCCGCCCACGUCUUCUUCGAGGGAGCCGUCGGCGCCAUUCUGGUGCAUGAUCUGACGAAUAAGCGCAGCGAGGAGGUACGUUUGUUGGAGAGGGUCUUGACACGAUUGCGAUUAAAAAAAAGUGACAUUCUAUGCAUUUAUUCGAUUUUCUCGGAAACAUUGAUGUUGCUGAGGUCGUGUUUUUCAUUAGUCUUCAUUCAAAUCACUUCAGAACCUUGCCACGUGGCUGACGAUGCUCGACGGAAAACCACGUGCCCAGAACAGUUCGAAGGAUUCGGCCGCCGUCGCGCUGAAAGUCGACAUUGAGAGCUGCAACAUUCCGGUGCUCAUUGUGGGAACGAAAGCGGAUCUGGUGCCGCACAAGGGACCGAUCAGCUACGAUAGGUACGGUUCAGAAGCGAAUUGGCACCGAACUCGAACGUUUUUUUUUUCCGAAAACGCGGAACUAGAAAGCAGAAAAAUAUAUUCUGGUCAAGUUACAAGGCUUUUCGUAGUCCAGCAGUAAACCAAUCAGAUUAUUGCAAGUGGGCCGAAAAAAGCCUGGGCUCCCCUGAUACAAAAGCUCAAAAUUUCCGAUAUUGUAGACUCCAGUUUCCAGAUUGCACAUAGAUUCCCUGAGAAUGAUCCAACGUGGCUCGGCGAACAGCAUCACUCUCGGCCGCUUCUUCGACUCUUGCCUCGACCGAACCCGCCGAACCUCGCUCGCCGCCUCCACCUCCUUCUACGCCCGCUCCUCGACCACCCCGAACACCUCGAUCAUUCAAGGGAACUCCGGAAGCAACGCCACGUCAUCGUCCGGAGUGACGACAGUCAAUCGGACGAUGAGCCCGUUCACCACCAUUCCAAUGGGAUCCUAA